GUAUAGUAUUGUUAACAUUCUUUCACAUAAUAUAAAUAUGUAUUCAUAGAGAUUAAUUGGGACAUAAAGGCUUAUUAAUAUCCAAUCAUACAAUAUUUUCUCUGGUAUCACCCGUGAUAUAAAGCCUGAAUUUAACACCUUUUUAUGAUGCCGAGUUCUGUUUAGGCCACUUUCUCUUCCCAUCAAUGCACACAACUAUGUAAAAGUAAAACACCAGUACCAAAGCGAGAAAAAAAAAAGCAUUUUUUUUUCAGAUAUAAGCUUCAUUGUGUUGGGUGCUGCAAACACCUCCUUCCCCCUUCUCUCUCUUUCUCUCUGAUGGGUUUUGGAAGCAUGUACGAGGAACAUCUUAUACUCAAAGGUUCACACUCACACCCCUAGCACCCAUAGCUUAUGGGCAUGCCAAAGUUAAGCUCUUUCUCCCAACAAGUGCUUCAACACUACAACGUGUGUGUCCACUGAAAAAAAAAAAGAAACAGAAGAAAAAUGCGAGACCUGAAGCUAGUUGAACGCUUCAAGAGCACCCAAGUUCAUGCCCUCAACUCAGAAGCAACUAGCAGAAGAAACAAGGCCACAGUGGGAGCCAGAGCCAGAGCCAUCACAAUCAGAUCAUUGGUGUCAAAGUCCAAAUCCAACACCACAACAACGUCAACAACAACAACAACCUCAGCAGUUGCAAACCUCGUUGUUCCCCUUCAGCUCCCUUCUGCUGACACUCUCGAACCUUCCAUAGAGCCUCACCUUAAACCCAUCAACCUCGUGGAGGCCUUGUCUGAACUUUACCAAAGGCUAGAGUGUUGUUGCCUUCAGUCUGAGAAAAAAACAUCACUUUGUGUGGAGCAGUUCACGCUUCUGCGCAGCCUCGGAGAUCAGAAGCUUCUGAGAAGGUGUCUAAGGACAGCACGGCAAAACGCUGAGGAUGUGCUUUCCAAGGUUGUGCUUUCGGCAUGGUUGAGGUUUGAGAGGAGGGAGGAUGAGCUUGAGGGUGUGCCUUCAAUGGAUUGUGGUGGUGGUGGUGGUAGUUGUGUUCUUGAAUGUCCAAAGGUGAAUUUGGUGAAAGGGUUUAGUAGUCCUUGUUCAAUCAAUGAUAGGUGCCAGUGUCCACAAGGGACUAAAGAGGAAGCAACUAGCAAUGAAGAAAGUGUGUUUUUGUGUUUGCCAGAUGAGGAGAAAAAGGAUGUUUCUUUUUGCAUUGGGAUUGAGGAAAUUGAUUGUGUUAGGUGGAGAAUUGCAGCCCUAUCUGACCCUUUUAAGGCCAUGCUUUAUGGUGGCUUUGCUGAGUCCAAGAUGAGGAAGAUUGAUUUCAGCAAAAAUGGGAUAUGCUCAAAGGGUAUGAGGGCUGUGGAGUUUUACAGCAGGGCUAAGAGGUUGGACUUUUUCUGUGUCAUGACUGUUUUGGAGCUUCUUUCCUUUGCCAAUAGGUUCUGUUGUGAGGAGAUGAAGGCUGCUUGUGAUGCUCAUUUGGCUUCAACUGUUGGAAGUGCUGAUGAUGCAUUGACACUUAUUGACUAUGGAUUGGAAGAGAGGGCACCCCUUCUUGUGGCUUCGUGCUUACAAGUGUUGCUUAGGGAGCUACCAAAUUCUUUGCAUAAUUCAAAGGUGAUGAAUGUAUUUUGUAGUUCUGAGGGAAGGAAAAGGUUGGCCAUGGUGGGGUAUGAUUCUUUCUUGCUGUACUAUUUCCUGAGUCAGGUGGCUAUGGAGGAAAUCAUGGUGUCAAAAACUACAGUUAUGUUACUGGAAAGGUUGGGAGAGUGUGCUGCUGAAAGGUGGCAGAAGGCCCUUGCAUUCCAUCAAUUGGGGUGUGUGCUGGUUGAAAGGAAAGAAUAUAAAGAGGCUCAGCAUAGUUUUGAGGUAGCAGCUGAAGCAGGUCAUGUGUAUUCUGUGGCUGGUGUGGCUAGAACUAAGUACAAGCAGGGUCAGCCAUAUUCAGCCUAUAAGUUAAUUAGUUCUCUCAUAUUUGAGCACAAACCUGCUGGGUGGAUGUAUCAGGAGCGCGCUCUUUACAACAUGGGGAGGGAAAAAAGUUUUGAUUUGGAUGUUGCAACUGAAUUGGACCCCUCCCUUUCAUUUCCAUAUAAAUAUAGAGCCCUGGCAAAGGUGGAGGAGAAGCAAAUAAAGGAUGGAAUUUUAGAGCUUGAUAAGAUUAUUGGAUUCAAGCUCUCUCCUGAUUGCUUAGAAUUGCGGGCUAGGAUGUUUAUAGCUCUUAAGGAUUAUGACAGUGCCAUAAGAGAUAUCAGGGCAUUGUUAACUUUGGAACCAAAUUAUGUAACUUCAAAUGAAAAGAUCUCAGGGAAAUACUUGGUUCAUCUCCUUAGCCAUGUGGUACAGCAGAAGAGUCAGGCUGAAUGCUGGAUGCAAUUAUACGAACAAUGGUCUUCUGUAGAUGAUGUUGGUUCUUUGGCUAUUAUACAUCAGAUGCUGGAGAAUGAGCCUGGAAAGAGCCUACUAGAGUUUCGUCAGUCUCUACUCCUUUUGAGGUUAAACUGUCAAAAGGCUGCAAUGCGCAGUUUGAGGAUGGCCAGAAACCAUUCUAGCUCAAUGCAAGAAAGAUUAAUUUAUGAAGGAUGGAUUCUAUAUGAUACUGGCUAUCGGGAUGAAGCGCUGGCUAGGGCUGAUAGGUCUAUUACAAUUCAGAGAUCAUUUGAAGCCUAUUUUCUAAAAGCAUAUGUGUUAGCAGAUACAAGUAUGGAUCCCGAAUCUGCUUCUUAUGUUAUCGAACUUCUGGAAGAAGCACUUAAAUGUCCUUCAGAUGGUCUUCGCAAAGGACAAGCACUAAAUAACUUAGGGAGUAUUUAUGUAGAUUGUGGUAAGCUUGAUCUUGCAAAAGCAUGCUAUGAGAAUGCCCUUGCAAUUAGGCACACAAGAGCUCAUCAAGGUCUAGCACGGGUUUAUCAUCAGAAAAAUCAACGAAAAGCUGCAUAUGAUGAGAUGACCAAGCUAAUUGAGAAGGCAGAGAGCAAUGCCUCAGCAUAUGAGAAACGAUCAGAAUACUGUGACCGUGAGAUGGCAAAGGUUGAUCUUAAUGUAGCAACCCAACUGGAUCCUUUAAGGACAUAUCCAUAUAGAUACAGGGCAGCAGUGAUGAUGGAUGAGCAAAAGGAAUCUGAAGCUGUUGAUGAGCUCACCAAGGCCAUAAAUUUCAAACCUGACUUGCAGAUGCUUCAUCUCCGAGCAGCAUUUUAUGAGGCAAUAGGGGACCUAUCAUCAGCACUUCAAGAUUGUCAGGCAGCUCUAUGCUUGGACCCUAACCAUACAGACACACUUGAUCUGUAUCAAAGGGCACGGAAACUAAGCUUUUAAUCAUAAACGAUAUGCACAUCAAAUGGCUAAAAUGUGGAGAUCUUGGUUAGGAAAUUUCUGAGGCAUCCCAACUUUGUUAAGACACAAGGAGAGGACAUGGAUAGUCCAACUGUUGAAACAAUGCCAAGACCCCUCAAGAAGCAAUACUUGGAUGAUUAGAGGAAAAGAUGGAGUCAUGUGUUUCACGUGAUCAGAUAGGAAGAUGAUUCAGGUGUACAUCAGAAGAUGUUCAGAAUGAGAAUAGUAACUCCAUUGUUAAAAUAUAGAUUCUUGUGAGCCUUGUGCACAUAAUUUACCUCACAUAUUCACACAUUUGUACAGUGACAGGGUUAUGAUUUAUAGAGAGAUUCACACUUUGUUUCCUACAACUACAAUGUAUAAUUUAUUGUUCUUUAUGAAAGGUUUUAUUUUUUCUGCG